AAAAUUAUAGAAAUACAAAGAGUGCUACCUAAAAGUAUUGUGUUAACAUGAUGGGAAUGACCGGUUUAGCGGUAGCUCUGAUGGUAAUAACAUCACUGACAAUCGCUACUUGCGCUGAUGGAAAAGAGUUCUUUCAUCAUCCGGAAAUUAAAGUACGAAGAUUCUUGAAGCAGCUUAACAAACCAGCUCUUAAAUCCAUUAAGAGUGAAGAUGGAGAUAUAAUUGAUUGUGUUCCAAUCACUAGCCAACCAGCUUUUGAUCAUCCCUCGCUUAAAAAUCAUACCAUUCAGGUAAAACCAAGUUUUAUCCCGGAAGGUGAAGGUGACGCGACGUACACCAAGAAGAAGAAAAAGCCUACUCAAGUAUGGCACAAAGAUGGAGAGUACUGCCCAGAAAACACUGUCCCCAUAAGAAGAACAAAAAAAGAAGAUAUCUUACGAGCAAAAUCUCUUGAAAGUUUUGGGAAAAAGAGUCAUCAAUACAUUCCUGAAGAUACAUCCUCUAAUCCAAAUUUUCACCAUGAGUACGCUUACAUGGGUGUGAAAAACGGAAAGUUUUACGGGACAAAAGCCUCGAUAAAUAUAUGGACACCAGAUGUAGCAACUCCCGACGAGUUCAGCUUGUCUCAGACUUGGCUCGUAUCUGGAAUUGGCAAUAGUCGUAACACUAUUGAAGCUGGUUGGCAGGUUUAUCCAGGAAUGUACGGUGAUAAUAAUCCUAGGUUGUUUGUUUACUGGACGAGCGAUGGAUACCAACAUACAGGAUGCUACAAUAUCAUCUGUAGUGGUUUUGUUCAGACGAACCAACAAUACGCUGUAGGAGGAUCCUACAGUACCGUGUCACAAUACGACGGAUCUCAAAUAGAUCUCAACCUACUUAUAUGGAAGGACCAAAAAACAGGAAACUGGUGGCUAAAGAUAAAUGACAACGACGUUAUGGGGUACUGGCCUGGCUCGUUAUUCAAUUCUCUAGGAGAUGGAGCUACAAAAGUUGAAUGGGGAGGUGAAAUCUAUGCGCCAACUGGUGAGAGACACACAACCACUGAUAUGGGAAGUGGGCAUUUUGCAGCGGAAGGGUUUAAGAAAGCGAGCUAUAUAAAAAAUAUUAUGAUAGUUGAUGGGACAAAUGCUCUGAGAGAACCGCAAGGCCUUUACUCUGUUGAUACUGGUAAUUGUUACACCGUUAAAGCAGGAGAUAGUGGAACUCCCUUUAGGCUUCAUUUCUUCUAUGGUGGUCCUGGUCAGAACGUUAAUUGCCCUUGAUCUGAUCUGUGUGUUCAAAGCUUUUGAGACUUUGCAUGCAUGUAUGUUUCAUCCUAUCUAUAUAUAAUUUAUAGUAAAGUGCUCUUGUUCUAUGUCUAUGUGUAUGGCUUCAGUUUAUGAUCAAUAAGAACAUUUAUGUUUGUUCGAA